GGCGGAAGCGUUGUUGUUGUUGCUGCUGGCGGGCGGAAAGAGAAGACAGACUAGCCAGCCGUUCGGGCGUGGAGGUAAACCGUACAGCAGCAACAUGUCUCGGCUGAAACGAGCGGCUCAGAUGGACUCUCUGGCGGGCUUCAGGGCGGAGAAGAAGGAGCAGGCCGUCCCGUCCGGUCUGCUGAAGGCAGCCAGGAAGAGCGGCCAGCUCAACCUGUCUGACCGGGGGCUCACUGAAGUCCCUCAGGAAGUGUAUCGUUUGAACGUGGACCCCCCAGAGGACGCCCGGCAGAACGUGUCCUUCGGAGCGUCCGAUCGCUGGUGGGAACAGACUGACCUCACCAAGCUGCUGCUCUCAUCCAAUCAGCUCACACACCUGUCUGAUGACAUCAGACUGCUGCCUGCACUCGUUACACUGGAUCUCCAUGACAACAAGCUGAGCAAUUUACCCAGCGCUCUGGGAGAACUGCAGGAGCUGCAGCAACUGCGACUCAGUAACAACCAGCUGCGAUCCCUGCCGGUGGAGCUGUGCUCCCUGAAGAAGCUGAGCAGCCUGACCCUGCAGCAGAACCUGCAGGAGAGCCUGCCGGAGGAGCUGGGCCAGCUGCUGAACCUCACCCAGCUGGACCUGUCCAACAACCAUCUGAAGCUCCUGCCGUCCAGCCUGGGCUGCCUCACCCGUCUCCAGAAACUCAACCUGUCCAACAACCAGCUCAGCAGUCUGCCCGACAGCCUGGCCCGGCUCUGCGACGUGAAGCUGCUGGACUGCAGCAAGAACCAGCUGACUGACGUCCCGGCCGGCCUAUCGGAGAUGUCCGCUCUGGAGCAGCUCUACCUCGGACACAACAAGCUCCGCCUCCUCCCAAAGCUCCUUGCACCAGCCCUCAAGGAGCUGUACGUGGGGAACAACCACAUUGAGCAGCUGCAGGCGGAGCAGCUGGCCUGCCUCACAGCCAUCUCUCUGCUGGAACUGCGAGACAACAAGAUCAAGAUCCUCCCCGAGCAGAUCAGCCUACUGAGCACGCUCACGCGCCUCGACGUCGCCAACAAUGACAUCACCACUCUGCCAGCGUCCGUCAGCCUGCUGCCCAACCUGAAGGUGCUGCUGCUGGAGGGAAACCCCCUAAGAGGAAUCAGGAGAGACCUGCUCACUAAAGGAACCAAUGAGCUGCUGACAUAUUUAAGAGGAAGAAUUAAAGAGGAUCCUGAGAGAACAGACGAAGGGCCGACGGCCAUGACGUUACCCAGCCAGGCCAGAGUCAACGUGCACAGCAUUAAAACGCUCAAGUUGUUGGAGUACAGUGAGAAGCAGGUGGCUCAUGUUCCAGAUGAGCUGUUUGACGCUGCAGCAGGUCUAACUGUCACCACUGUUAACUUCAGCAAGAACCAGCUCACCUGCACCCCUCCCAGACUGCAGGAGUUCUUGUCCUCUCUGUCAGAUAUCAACUUGGCUUUCAACAAACUGAGCUGCUGUUCUGACCUCUGCAAGUUCCUGCAGCUGGUCCACAUCGACCUCAGGAACAACCAGCUGAGCGAUCUACCGUCUGACAUGAAGAACUUAACUAAACUGUCCUCCAUCAUCCUCAGUUACAACAGGUUCAAGUCCUUCCCUGAAGUCCUCUACCACGUGGUUUCCUUGGAGACGGUGUUGCUCGGUAACAACCAGGUGGACAAGGUGGACCCUCAGCGUCUGAUGAAGCUGGUUCGUCUGUCGACGCUGGACCUGUCCAACAACGACCUGCUGAGCAUCGCUCCGGAGCUGGGCCUGUGCACCAGCCUCAGGAGUCUGAGUCUGGAGGGGAAUCCUUUCCGCGCCCCCCGAGCCGCCAUCGUGGCCAGAGGGACAGAUGCCGUGUUGGAGUACCUGCGCAGCCGCAUACCCACAUGACCUUUUUUUUUUAUCAAUGUGGGGCAUUUAACCUUUGUGUUGAUUUCGGGUCAAAUUGACCCGUUU